GCCACUCAGCUGUAGAGCUAUGCUCUCAUUUCGGCUUUUGCGCGUAGUUCACUAUGGCGCAGGUGAGCGAUGGGUGGACCUGAGGGAGGAGGUCGAAGCCUACGUAAAGAAAAUGAACGAGACGUACAAAGGUCGCAUCUCGACAUGGGGUAUGACAGAAGAUUACGCAUAUUGGAAAUAUCAUCGUCCAAUAAGAGGACCUCCCGUGAGUGGCGAAAUAGACUGGUCUGAGUACGCCAAAUGCGAUGGAGUCGACACGUUGAGAGAACGAGAAACGGAUUGUGCUGGACGUUUCACGUGGAAUAUUCGGAAAGGCAUAAAGACACCAUUUUAUCUUGAAGAAUUAACUCUGCUUCCAGCACUGUACAAAGGAGUAUAUGUCAAGGCAGUUAGACUAAAUGUCAGUGGUCUUAGCAAACAUUCAGAAGAGAAGACGUGGGGUCACUCAUCCUCUCAAACCAAGCGAGCCUUCUUUCAGAUCUGCGCAUUCAGCCUGAAGAUCGACUUCGAUGGAUAUUUUGUGUACGACCUGUCAAACUUUCAUAAAGGCCAUUUCCGGUGGAUUGUUGAGAGCAUCACUAAACUCCAAGACAAGUCCAAAGGUCUUGUAGCAAAAGACGGGAAGCUGACGUACUUUGCGCGAGGCAGAUAUACCAAGCGAAUAACUUGUGAUGAUUGCGUGAAAAGCGGGAAAGUAGACUGAGUAUGUAUUUUCAAAUAACGCUCUCUAACGCGAGAAAUAUGGUGCUACUACAACUGCUGUUGAAAAAAAAAAUAUCUGUGUAAUGAUGUGGCAGUGAUCUGUCGCAUAUUAUUGUGCAUAGCGUAGGAAUGAAAUA